CUCAUCGCUGGCACUGUGAGCUAGCCCGAAGUUUUCCCACACAGAUUUCAUGCGUUUAUCUUGUCUUUACUGCUGGAAGAUGGGACGAAAUAAAACCGCUGAUAUAUUCGUUGCUGUCGAAUAACGUUUUCAGUGUUUCAGGUCGCGUUAUGAAGCGUUUUGAUGAAGGAUGAAUAAUUAUCUUUUCAUCAGGGUCGUUGGGAAAGGGAGCUAUGGGGAGGUGAACUUGGUGAAACACAAAACAGACCGAAAACAGUAUGUUAUUAAGAAACUGAAUUUAAUCACCUCCUCCAAGCGGGAGCGGCGUGCUGCAGAGCAGGAGGCACAGCUUCUCUCCCAGCUGCGACAUCCUAACAUUGUGACAUACAGGGAGUCGUGGGAAGGAGAUGACUGCCAGCUGUACAUUGUGAUGGGCUUCUGUGAAGGCGGUGACCUUUAUCAUCGACUCAAACAGCAAAAGAGCGAGCUCCUACCUGAGAGGCAGGUGGUGGAGUGGUUUGUCCAGAUAGCAAUGGCACUCCAGUACCUGCAUGAGAGGAACAUUCUUCACCGGGACCUUAAAACACAGAACAUCUUCCUGACUAAGACUAACAUCAUCAAAGUUGGGGACCUUGGCAUCGCACGAGUAUUGGAGAAUCAGAAUGAUAUGGCCAGCACACUCAUAGGGACCCCUUACUACAUGAGCCCAGAGCUCUUCUCAAAUAAACCCUAUAACCACAAGUCAGAUGUAUGGGCCCUGGGUUGCUGUGUGUAUGAAAUGUCCACACUGAAGCAUGCCUUCAAUGCCAAGGAUAUGAACUCAUUGGUUUAUCGCAUUGUAGAAGGAAAGCUGCCUCAGAUGCCCAGUAGGUAUGAUCCCCAGCUGGGAGAACUGAUCAAGAGCAUGCUGUGUAAGAGACCUGAGGACAGGCCUGAUGUUAAACUUAUCCUCCGGCAGCCCUACAUCAAAAGACAAAUUGCUAUGUUCCUUGAGGCCACUAAAGAAAAAACUGCCAAGUCAAGAAAGAAAGCUGUGGGUGGCAGUGGUGACUGUAGGGCCAACAGUGUGAUGUCAUCUCAGCCAAAACCUGAGAGAAGUCCCCAGCCUGAACCUAUAGCCAGAGUGAAACGGAAAGACGAGAAAUCACAACAACACAAAGUUCGGAACGGCAUCGCAGAUUGCACUCCAAUCCAAACACCUCUGCCACCCAAACCCUCCUCACCUGAUGCUCUCAAAGCCAGCUUGGCAUCCCUGGCAACCAUCAGCAACAUUAAUAUUGAUGUCCAACUGCAGGAGGAAGAGGACCUGAUGAAAAGACAGGUGCAGCGGCCCCAGUCAGUUGUGUCACACCACAGUGCAGUCAAUGAACCUGUGACUCACACUGUGCACAAAGACAGCAAAGGAAGAGUGAAACCAAAUCCGUCUCCCCCUCCUUCCCCUGUUAAGCCCCCCCUGAAGUGUGUAUCAGGUGUUGGCAGUCGGGGAACCGACGAGAGGAGGGCAUCCAGUGGAUUGUUAGACGUUCAUCCACAGGGCGCACCACACCCUGGGGAUACAUUUUCUGUAUGUGGGGGGAAGCGGAUGUCAGAUGUGGAUGAUAAAGAGGAUACCAUCGAGUUACUUAAAGAGGCUGAUAUGCAGAACCCAAAGACAGAGGCUGCUUCUAAUGUCCCUGAGAGGAGAUCUGCACACAAAUCCAAUGCAGAAAAUAUCGGAGGGCUUGUGGACGUGAAUAUGGACAAUAAAAAUUAUACUGUGAACCUUCUUAAGGUAGCUCGGACACAACACCACACCUCUGACAUCCAAGAAAGCCUAGAAUCUACUGAAAAGCUGUUAGAGCCACACUCUCCAACAGUGGAGCCAGUUCAGGAGGAAUGUCCCUCACCAGCCAGUAAGCCGGGUCUGACAAAUCCAUGCCAAACACCCCUGUACUUCUCAUCAGAACCAUCUAUAUCACAGCAGCACAAAGGGAGAGACAUAAGACGGACACAUGGGGAUCAGGACAAGUCCAAGGUGGCUGCUCCAAGACCUUUACCUCCACCUCCUGUUGAGAGCAUAGCUGUGGAGGGGAGGAAGAGAAGCAGGAGGAGCACAGAGAAAGCCAGUGUAGCCGCAACCUCUGCACCAGUUAGUUCCUGUAAGGACGGAUUCCUACCACUGCCACAGGAUCGUCCUCUGUCUGCCAGAGAGAGAAGAAGACUGAGGCAGUCCCAGGAGAGUGUCAGCCUGCCAGUUGUUUAUGUUGUAAGAAGGGCGUCUUAUGAUGUCACUUCCACCAAGGAUGAGCACUACAGCACUCCAGAUACCAGAUCUGUUUCAGACUUUAUCACUAACACCAACAGUAAGCAGGAUAAGUUACCAGAGCGAAGGUCAGAUGAAGACGAGUGCAGCUCAUCCACAAGUUCCACAGAACGUUUAGACGGAGACUGCAGGGAAAGGAAGACAGAAUCCAGCGACAUGCAGGAUUUAGUCCACAUGAUGACCCAAACUUUGAGAAUGGAUAUUGGAGACGGUGUGAGUGAGGUGGACAAGGGCAGAUUUGGCUCUACUGCAUUGCCAGAAUUCAAACUGAACAGAAAGUACAGAGACACCCUGGUGCUUCAUGGGAAGGCUCAGGAGGAAGCAGAAAACUUGUCACUUGGUGAAAUACCACUAGUAGGCUCCACGUCUGGUCUGGCCAAGAUAAGGAGAGCCAUAGAACACCUGAGAACAGAUGUGGUGAAGGGACUGGGGGUCAAGUUGCUGGACAAAGUCCUGGAAAUCAUGGAGGUGGAGGAUGACACCAAGCGAGAACUGUGCCUUCGUGACCAGAUGGGGGAUGAGAAGUACCAAGCGUAUGCUGUGAUGGUGAGGCAGCUGAAAUUCUUUGAGGACAUUGCCAUCAAGGUUUAGAGAAAUUUCUGUAUGUAAGGGAGUGGACACAUAUGCAUUUCCAUGACACCACCCGUGAGAAGAGGCAAGCAUCUUGACAUAUCUUAAACAGGAAACUUUGUCACUGGGAGAAAUGUUUCAGCUUUGAAGUAGAAACUUGUAUGAAAUGACAACCAAUCAAUAUUGUUCACGAAAACCAUUUUUUCUUGUAAAAACACCAUUGCGCUUGUGUGGCACUGCCACUUUCUUCCUUCUGCUUGCAUGUAAAUCAUCAUUGAUGCCUGCAGGUCCUGUCAUGGAAUUGUCACACUGAAGCUGCUCUUGUGCGAGCAGUCUUUUGUAAAUGACUGUGCAGUUUUUUAACCUAAUUUUUCAAACACAGAAUUUGUAAUGGUUCCUGUAAUUUUCAUAUCUAUGCAAAGAUUUUAGGUCAUAGUUAUAUGUUAUAGCACUCAUCUUUCCACUUUCUGUUGUGGAUGGUUAUUAUUUAUAAUGCAACCUAGAAUAUAAGUAAUUGUUACGCUGUAGCUUUGAAGACACUAGUCUGCUGCUGUAUUUUAUUUUCUUAAACACAAAAUAAUGUAAUGUAGAUGCACUGUAGAUAUUAACAUUUGAAUCUUUUUUAAUAAAUACUAAAUGUUUUUUGUUCACCCUCAA